CGUGUGUGUUACCGUAUGUGGGGAGAUGAAAAACGGUCAUUCCAUAUGUAGGUUAGGUACCUAGGUACCUAAGGUAAUCAUUUAUACACUUAUCUUAACUACCUCCUAACCUAGGUACAUUCUACAUUCUGCAUGCUACAUGCUCUCCUACUUUAUCUUCAUCACAUUUAAAAUGGUCAACACUUUCUAACUGAUGCAAUCUUAUAAAACUCCUGCCCUAGCCCCUAUCAUCAUGAUGCAAGCAAUAAGCAAGAAAAUAAAUGCACGAAAUAUGAGUCUUCGGGAAAGGCGCACCCCAGCCGACAACUCGGGGACGAAAAAGGGGGUAAAGACGCAGGUUUUGGUCUUUUGUCUAUUGGAUAGCUGUUAUCGGGACCAACGCCCAUUGUCUCUUAAAAGUACCUGCAUGCAGGUCAGUAAAGGCAAUUUUUCUUAUUCUUAAUUCCCUUGGGAUUUCCCGGAAAGGAGGACAAAGACACUUGAUAUGUGACAUGAGCAAGUCUCUGGAUCAAAUUAAUUUACAUCCGAGUUCUCAAGCAUAGACGGCUUGGUAUGCAAUGAGCGAGUAGAUGAGAUUUAUGACGAUACAGACUACUCGACGAUUUAUCUGGCCUCCUAAAUAACCUCAAACGCCAUGUCGAGUACCAAUACUACACGCUCUGGUACUUCUUUUGCCAGGAAGUACAAUUCUCUUUCAAUCCUAGAUGAAGUUGAGGACGUCGAGUGGUACCAGCCGGGCGGGUUUUACCCAUUGGAUGUAGGCGAGACGAUAAUCGACAGGUUUAAGGUCAUUCACAAACUUGGGCACGGUGGCAUUGCUACAGUUUGGUUUUGCUGGGAUCUACAAGAAGAGAAAUGGAUAGCGCUUAAAAUUAAUUCAGCAAGCCAUUCGUCAGACGACUGCUCGGAUUUAAAGGCGAUUCGCAUGAUUGAAGCUCGGUCCCAGGGAAUUGACGGGCUCGACGAUAAUAACAUCAUGAUAGCCUUACAGACCUUCUUUAUAGAAUCUCCUAAUGGGCGACACCUAUGCUUCAUAUUACCUGUUGCCGGGCCAAGGUUCACGGACUGGGAGCAUAAAAUAGGAGGAGACUUUGACCGACGGAAGAGAAUCAGCUACCAACUUACCAAGGCGCUUACUUUCUUGCACGGCAAAGGAAUUUGCCAUGGCGAUUUUAGGCCUGACAAUAUAUUAAUGAGGUUGAAGCCUGAUUACCUUGACCAGAUCGGGUAUGAUGAGAUGCAAGCUCUGAUUGGGGAAGCAAUUGGGGAACAACUCCUGGAUGGCGACGAGCGAAGCCCGCACGCUCCCAAGUAUGCAUAUCUACCGUUUAGUUUCAGAAACGGAAACCUUUCACACAUGAUAUCAGAUGACAUUGCCAUCGUCGACUUCGGCGAAUCUUACGAAACCCAUAGCCCCCCUGAGAGACUAAACAUUCCACCUCAGUAUGCCGGUCCUGAAUGGCUCUUUGGUAGGCAGACAGGCAUAGGAAAUGAUAUUUGGUCUUUGGCAUAUACACUACUAGAAGUGCAAAUUGGUAGCCUCCCUGGUGACCUGUGGAAUAUUAUCAGGCGCAUGGAGCGAUACAUAGGGCCCGUCCCAUCUGUCUACGGCCCGACUGCUAUAAAGAUGCUACACGACGAAACAGGUGACCCGGAUGAACCACCGCCAGAUUAUGAAAAAGGAGAAGCAGUUACUGGGUCAUUAAAUGAGCCGCUCAACCUACAAGAGAAGUUUGAAGCAACUCACACCGAAUUCAGUAACCCUAUACACAUUGCGCUGGGAUUAGCAGAUAUGCCGAGGGACGAAAUUCCUAUUUUUGGUGAUCUUCUCGAGAAACUCUUCGUAUAUGACCCAAAGGAGAGGUCGGAGGCAUCUCAAGUACUAGAACACGAAUGGUUUAAAAAUCAUGAAUCCGAAGACGAGACGGCAACAGAUGAAACGUUACCUAGUAUAAGUCUCUUCGACGAUUUAUACGAGAAUGACUCAGCUCCAGAACAGGUCUCGGGAUCGUUAAACGCAGAGAGUACUACGCCACCCAUGAUGGUGACAGAAGUGCGAACCAUUCAAAUCACAGAAAAGUGUCCUUGGUAUCACUUUGUAGCUACUUGGGUAGCUCCAGUAUUGGGGCUGCUAUACGUGUAUUUAUUCUACAUUUACACGUGCUUGCGGGACGAUGUGAGAAUACUUAAGGCGGCCCAGUCGACAAUAUGAAUGUAGCAUAGAUAGUAAUAUUUUAUAAUUUCUAACUUUUAA